CUGAGGGUCGGGUGAGGUUUCCCGCUGGCUUCACGCUGCUCCAAUGGGGCGCGGGCCGCCCGCAGGGCCGGGCGGGGCUGGGCUGCCAUCUGGAGCCGCUGCUGCCGGCGGCCACUGUCAGGGCGCGAGCGGCGGGAGCGAACGCAGGGCUGGAGGGAGUGUAGCCACUGCCGCCGCCGCCGCCGCCACCGCUGCCGUCGCCGAGGCACAUGGGUCGGCCCCGCCGCUGCCGCCGCCCCUAGCUCCGGCAGCCCUGGUCUCGCAGCCUCCUGCGGCUCGGGUCGCCCAACCAGCCAUGUCUCUCGGCGGAGCCUCAGAGCGCAGCGUCCCGGCCACCAAGAUUGAAAUUACCGUGUCCUGCCGGAACCUGCUAGACCUUGAUACCUUCUCCAAGUCCGACCCCAUGGUGGUGCUUUACACGCAGAGCCGGGCCAGCCAGGAGUGGCGGGAGUUCGGACGGACCGAGGUGAUCGAUAACACUCUGAACCCAGACUUCGUGCGCAAAUUCGUCCUCGACUAUUUCUUUGAGGAAAAGCAAAACCUGCGCUUCGAUGUGUACAACGUGGACUCCAAAACCAACAUCUCCAAACCGGUGAGCAAGCAUUUCCUCGAGGGUUGGCGGAGUGCACAGGAGGUGCUUGGAUGUGUUAAAAGACCCUUAGAACUCCUUGUAACCCUCGACCAGACCCCAUCUUCUUCAGGCCUCCAACCCACCCUCCUGCUCCCUCUCCUCCUGCCUGAGUGUCCUGCCUGUGCCCCCCACUCACUGUUCCUCUUCCUUCUUGGCUGCCACUGCUGGGACCUGCAGAAGGAUUUCCUGGGACAAGCGUUCCUGGCCCUGGGAGAGGUGAUUGGAGGCCAGGGCAGCCGUGUAGAGCGAACCCUCACGGGUGUACCAGGCAAGAAGUGUGGGACCAUAUUGCUGACUGCAGAAGAGCUUAGCAAUUGUCGGGACAUUGCCACCAUGCAGCUGUGUGCCAACAAGCUGGACAAGAAGGACUUCUUUGGGAAAUCAGACCCCUUCCUUGUGUUCUACAGGAGCAAUGAAGAUGGCACGUUCACCAUCUGCCACAAGACAGAGGUUGUGAAAAACACACUGAAUCCUGUGUGGCAGCCCUUCAGCAUCCCUGUGCGGGCUCUGUGCAAUGGAGACUAUGACAGAACAGUGAAGAUUGAUGUGUACGACUGGGACCGGGAUGGAAGCCACGAUUUCAUUGGGGAGUUCACCACCAGCUACCGGGAGCUCAGCAAGGCCCAGAACCAGUUCACAGUAUAUGAGGUACUUAACCCUCGGAAGAAAUGUAAGAAGAAGAAAUAUGUCAACUCGGGAACUGUGACGCUGCUCUCCUUCUCUGUGGACUCUGAAUUCACUUUUGUUGAUUACAUCAAGGGAGGGACACAGCUGAACUUCACAGUAGCUAUUGACUUUACAGCUUCCAAUGGGAAUCCUCUGCAACCUACCUCCCUGCACUACAUGAGUCCCUACCAGCUCAGCGCCUAUGCCAUGGCCCUCAAGGCAGUGGGAGAGAUCAUCCAGGACUAUGACAGCGACAAGCUCUUCCCAGCUUAUGGCUUUGGAGCCAAGCUGCCCCCAGAGGGACGGAUCUCCCACCAGUUCCCCCUGAACAACAAUGAUGAGGACCCCAACUGUGCGGGCAUUGAGGGUGUGCUGGAGAGCUAUUUCCAGAGCCUGCGCACAGUGCAGCUCUAUGGGCCCACCUACUUUGCUCCUGUCAUCAACCAAGUGGCCAGGGCUGCAGCCAAGAUCUCUGAUGGUUCCCAGUACUAUGUUCUGCUCAUCAUCACUGAUGGGGUCAUCUCUGACAUGACGCAGACCAAGGAGGCCAUCGUCAGCGCCUCCUCACUGCCCAUGUCUAUCAUUAUCGUCGGUGUAGGACCAGCCAUGUUUGAGGCAAUGGAAGAGUUGGAUGGUGAUGAUGUGCGCGUGUCCUCUAGGGGACGCUACGCAGAGCGGGACAUCGUUCAGUUCGUCCCAUUCCGAGACUAUGUGGACCGGUCGGGGAACCAGGUGUUGAGCAUGGCCCGACUGGCCAAGGAUGUGCUGGCCGAGAUCCCGGAGCAGUUGCUGUCCUAUAUGCGUACCAGAGACAUCCAGCCUCGGCCCCCACCCCCUGUCAACCCCAGCCCGACUCCAGCUCCAGAGCAGCCCUGAGGAUUCCACAUAUCCAAUGCCUCACAGUCUGCUCACCUGCUCACCCACUGCUUCUGCUUUAAGUCAGAGGCACCUGGAACCCUGGACCUCACUGGGAGGGCCAACUUAAAGGAUUAGUGCUGGCUGACAAGCACUCCGCCUCCUUGCCUGCAGAAGGGCCUGGCACUAUCACCACCUCCCUGCCUUCAUGCCAAUAAUAAAGCUGAUCUUUACUCCA